ACCAGAGAAGGCAGCGGAAGAAACACAGGCCUCAGCGGGACAUUCUAGGGCUGAUGCGUCUGUUUCAUGGAGGCGUGAUGCUGCUGGUGCUGCUGCUGGUGCUGGUGCUGGUGCAAGUGCCGCUGCUGAUGCUGAUGCGUCUGUAUCAUGGAGGCGAGAUGCUGAUGGUGCUGCUGCUGAUGCUGCUGGUAGUGGUGGUGGUGGCAGAAGUGGGGGUGGUGGGGAUGCAUAUUCCAGUAACAGCAUUGGGGUGCAGUUUGGGGGUGGGAUGGUGGAGGCAAUGGCAUGGGCGUGUGUGGUGCGGGCGAGCGGCCAAUGGGAGGGCGACAGCUGGCCGCUGGACGAGAGUCCCGAGUGGCGGGCGGCGGUGGACUGUCUUGGAGUGAUGCGGAGAGAAGACGUGCUGGGGAUGCUCAAGAUUCCCACACCAUCAGCAGGUGAAGCAGCAGCAGCAGCAUCACCUGCACCUUUCACCUCCCCCAGUAGCCACCUCCCCCGCCUCGCCUUCUCCCCAGCAGCAGUCCGUGCAGUCGCCAUGCGCCUGCACCUCCUGCGAAUCAACCCGCGCCACCUGUCCCUUGCUGACGUGGCGCCGUGCCGCGUGUUUCUCUGCGAGCACCCACUGCCAGCAGCCUACACGUGGCUACUGGUGGAGCUAGCCAGUGCAGUGGCAGCAGCAGCACCCACUCCCUACGUAUGUGUGUUUCUUCACCCCCCUUCUUCCCCCCCGUUUUUGCUUUUCCCCCUUUCACCAGCAACCUACACGUGGCUACUGGUGGAGCUAGCCACAACCUACACGUGGCUACUGGUGGAGCUAGCCAGUGCCGUGGCAGCAGCACCGGAGGAGCAUCGCCUGCCGUUCCUCCUCGACACGCUCGACUCCAUCCAAGUCGCUCGCCACCCGUGGACGGCCCUGCAGCUCUUCUCCCUCAUGCUCGCGCGUCUCUCCCCCGACCGCCUCCUCCUCCCCACCAGCCCCACAGCUGCAGUCUUCCUCCUGCCGCACACCCUCCCUCCUCUCCUCUCCCAGCGCGGCUUAGCAGGCUCUCAUCUGCAUCGGUGGCAAUCAGUGUGUGCGGGUGCUGAGGGGAGUGUGGUGGCGGAUGUGUAA